CCAUCAGCUUUCAUUGUUUUAGUUGGAGAAGAAUCUAAAUGUUUUGGAAAAUACACGUAGUUAUAAUGAUGAUGUAGGCUGGAAAUUGUGGCACUGUUUAAUAACAUUUGCAAUCAGACAACAGCCUAUUGUUUUUAGUAACGUCGAUCACACAUUCAAAUUUUAAUCAUACGAAAUAAAAUGUGAUGGGAGGUUGUGAAAUUGUGCUUAAGGUAGGCUACAUUGCCUGGGGCAGGUAGGAUAUUGUAAGAAUGCAAGUUAACUGACAAAAGUUUUUUUUAAUAGAGACAUAAAUUACAUGCAUGUACGUACGUUCAUACAUGACAAGGGAAGUUUAUGCAAAUGUUAUAAUUUGUAUACUAAAUUAACUUUUUCGUUUAAAAAAAGCACCAAGCAGAAACAUUUGAAAUGCCUUAUUCAAGCAAUAUAGAAAUAUUAGUAGCAUUCCUAAUUACUGGUUUGGAGCUCAUAACACUGGAAUACAACCCAGAUAUGGUCAAUUGCAAUUUAUCAAGACUUAAGCAGGUUACUUUAAACUGUAGAUUCAUUUGAAUGAGAUAGAAAAAUACUUGUGAUUCAUUGGAAGUACCUCAAUUACAUAUCUUUUUCUUUAAAAAAGUCCUUCAUACAUUGACCAAAGUACAUAUUUGAACAGAUGAAAUAGAGAAGUUCUAUAGAAAGCAUGAUUCAUGCUGUAAACCACAGCUCAGGAAAUGGCUGAUCUCGAAAGAGAAGCAUAUAUUGGGUGAGGAAGAGAUAAGAAUGUGGUUGUUCACAGUUCAUGGACAAUGACAAAUACGUUUGACAGUUGUCAGGAUGGAACAUGGACCGAUUCACUUUCAACCUUUUUAUGUCUUAUACAUUCGGAUCAGUAAUACGGUUUUUCUCUGGCAGCUAAAAAAGACAUGUUGUACCUAAAAAUGAUGGAGGGGUUUGGUCUUGGGUUUGGUGUAUGAUCAUUUGUUUUCAUUUAUUCACCAACACAUGCAUAUAAAAACUGAAAACCAAAUAAAACUGUAUGCCUUUUACAUGACAUUUCUCAUUUUCAUUCAUGUUGUAAUGCUUUCAUAUCAGGAAGGGUACCACAUAACUGCGGUUAGACUCAUAAGCAGGAAGUGGUUUUGUAACCAUGUGGUUUUAUAUUAGAACUGAAUUUUCUUUUGUCGGUACUGGAGUGUGUGUUAGUUUACAAAAGACUCAGUAAUAGAUCACAAGUCCACUCUUUCUUGCUGCUGGCACAGGACUGGAAAUGCAACCAUAGGGGAACUACAGAAUCAGACUUUCACAUAGUAUUAGAUCCUGAAGGGGAGUGAGACACCAGUAAGAGACCAGUCAGGGAGGAGGGCAGAGGUGUGGAGGGGACACUGAACCAGCGAUGGAGAUUUCUGACUCGGCCAGUGACUGUGAGGAGAGGCCCAGUUCGAGCCCAAUGGAGACAGAGGAGAGGUCCUUCAUGGCAGGUUUGCACUGUUUCAUGAAGGACCGUGGCACACCCAUCGAGAGGAUACCACACCUGGGAUUUAAGCAGAUUAACCUGUGGAAAAUCUACAAAGCUGUCGAGAAGCUUAGCGGUUACGACUCUGUGACAUCACGGCGGCUGUGGAAGAAUGUGUAUGAUGAGCUGGGCGGCAGCCCAGGCAGCACCAGCGCUGCUACCUGUACCCGCAGACACUAUGAGAGGCUUGUUUUACCCUUUGAGAGACAGUUGAGGGGGGAGGAGGACAAACCUCUGCCUCCAAGUAAACCGCGCAAACAGUAUAAGAGGAGUCCAGAAGGCAAGGGGAGCAAGUCUGAGGGCAAGAGGAAGAGACCCCAUCUGGAAAAAGAGACAGACUCUGAGGGCCAGGUACAUUCUACUCCAUUGUCUCCAUGGACUACUCCAUCUGAAAGCCUCCACCCAGACCAUCCUCCACCAAUCAGUGAGACUACCGUGUGUGACGACCUCUCUUCCUCAGCAUGCACCCUAUCCCGCCCAGCCCAGGGCCCUACCUCAUGCCCCUGGAGAGGAAGUCAGCUCCAGUCUGCUGCUGCAGAUAUCAUCUCUCCUCUGGAGAAGAAGAAGCGUAUGGCCCAGGCCAGCCUGAGCGAGUCCCAGGACUCACAGAGCACCAGUCAGGGUGACUGUAAGGGCAGGCCCUCUGUGAUCCACUGCUCCCAGUCCCCAGAGCUGUUCCUUCCCAGCCGGACACGCACUACCUCUGAGGGCUCUCCUCUCCCUCCGUCCUCCUCCUCCUCCUCCCGUAGCCCGUCCCCCUACUCCAUCUCUUCUGAGGACUGUCCAGCACUAACUGAAGACAGGCCCCCAGUACCAAAACCAGAAGUACCCCUUCAUUUUUCCAGCAACCCUUUAUCUGCCCACAGUGGGGUCCACAAGCCUCAGACCUGCAGCCCUGAUGUCAAGGAAUAUGUUGGCUUCCCUGGAGGACAAAGAGAUUUCCCUCUGGUCAGCCCCCUACCAGUUGAAACUGUCUCUAUCAAAGGUCGAAGUAAAAACUCUGUAUGGAGCCCUGUCUGCAAUGGGAGUAACAGACAUCCAGCUCACCAAAUACCCCCACCAACGUCUUGUACAUAUACUGUUAGGUCUUGCUUGGUUCCAUCCACCUCCAGUUUCACCAAGGUUUAUCCCAAGUCUAUGGAGUCUUUGCGGCCUAUACCCUUUCAGCCAGGUUACACAUUCCAUCAGAACCCAAAUAGGCCCAUGUUGCAUGAUGACCGUCUGAUCUAUAGGAAGAAACUACAGAUGGUCCCUCGACAUUAUCAGACGGAGAAGAAGCAGAAGUCCAGGACAAUGUUGCCCAAGCCACUUCCAACUCAACAGCCUGUGUUCCACCCUAAUGCCAGCAUCCCAGUGUCCUACCUUAUCCCAGCCUAUGACAGGACAAGGGGAGGCUCUGGGCAGAAGCCACCUGUACACCCUCUCUUUAUACCUACCCACGUCAGACUGUCCCAGUCCCAGACCAGCCCUAUGUACCGCCAUGUCCCAACGGGACACACACAUACUUCCUCUUAUGAGCCUGCUCUCUACUCCUAUCCCUUUCACAUUCCUAUGUGUAAUCCCCAUACUGGAUACAGCAUCACUGAUGUGCAUUAUCCUCACACCAGGCUUUGAUAGCCCCACUCUCAGACUCAAGGCCUAUUGACAAUGUGACAAGUGAAACAGAGAUAAUGACAGUACCUGCUUCGUUCUAGAUAUUUUCAAAACUUGCCUCGAACACUGCUGCAUUCUAUGUGAGUGAUCAACAGGGAAACAUUGUUGUGAUUGUUAUGCUGAGAUGUGCUCCCCUCCAUGGCAACUGACAGAAUUGCACUGAUAAAAAGGACUAUACUUUCUGUAUUUGUAACAAUAACUUUGAGGUUUACUGCAAUGCACAUGUGCUUUUACGGUAUGAUCCAAUCAUUUUACAUUGAUAUAAUAUAUGAAACAACACAGAUUUAUUUGUCUAUUUCUGAAUAAAAUCUAAAACUAU